AUGAAAGUCACGACGUUUGUGAGCUAUGCGAUUUUAGCAGCGGGGGCCUCAGGGAAGGAGGAGGUAAAAACAGUAUGCGGAAAUCAGCGCUAUGGCGAACUAAAUGACUCACUGUCAUAUUACCCAAACGCAUGGAACAAAAAGAGCCCGAAAAACGGCUUCGUAUGCCUCAAAGUCGACAACAGCACGCCUGCAUUCUCCGCAACGUGGAACUGGACCAAGGACAUCCAAGACGUACACUCCUUUCCCUACGUGCGCUUCAACAACCCGGAUCUCCCCGUGCGUCUCAGCGACUUGGAGUCUAUCCGCUUAUCAACAGAUUGGAUCUACACACCAGGCAGUCCGUCGAAAAUACCGGACGAUUUUAGUAAUGAGGUCUGGGAGAAGAAUAAAGCAGCGUUAGAGGGGGAUGGCGUGCAGGCGAAUGCGGCGUGGGAUUUCUUCCUGGAUGAUGACAGGAAUAGAACGCUGUAUCCGCAGGUUGCGGCGGUGGAGUUCAUGGUUUGGUUGGGAAGGGUGGGCGAUCCGUGGUGGCUUGGACGACAGAAUAAUAGUAUCCUGUCGAAUGUUACGCUCGGGGAGACGGAGUUUUCGCUCUUCUAUGGUCGAAACUCAGGAGGUACGCACGUCUUUACAGCCGUUACGAAAGACAACAGCGACGUAUUAUCCUUCGAUGAGGAUUUCUACCCUUUAUUCCAGUACAUCCUCGAACAAGCUCACAAACAAAUCGACGCAGAUGAUCUACCGAAAGAUCCAUGGCUAGGCAUCAUUGAGUUUGGAACAGAGACGUGGAUGUCAAGAGGAAACGCGACAUUCACAGCCGCGAAUUUUGGAAUGAGUUUGAAGGGCAAUUUUACGAGUGAGAGGAAUUCCACCAAGAAGGGAGAUGACGAUAAGGAUAAGGGUGAUAAUGAUAAAGGGGAUGCGAAGGGAGGAGAGAAGGGUAGUGGGGAUAACUCGACGGAUUCGAAGGGUGAUGAGGAGGAUGAUGCGGUGAGAUUGAUGAGUCAAUCGAUGUUGGGGUAUGUCAUUGCAGCGGCGUUGGUUAUUAGCACGGUUCUUUCUUGA